CUGCGCUCGAGUAGUCCCGCUCGGAUCGUCGCCGCGGCCGCACGCGCACGUCGCGCCAUGACACGCCCCCUGCUGCCCGUGAUCGCGCUCGCGCUCGCCGCCCUCGCCGUUGUCGCCGCUGACGCCACAGACGAUCUAACACGACCUCGAAUCCUAGAUUUCAACCCAUGGUCAUGGUUGCCCAGCAACAGUAACCGAUCCCCUUCAGUCAUGGAUUAUUUUUUUCCACCUUCCCGAACACCGAAAAACUCUAACCUCGAUCCCCCGGCCGACCGUUCGCCGCCCAAAAUGAUGUAUACUACCAUAGCCGAUACGUUGACGACAGGAAAUCAGGAACACCCUACCACUCUCAGUCGUAAAUCCGGUAGCAAAUCUAAAAUAACCGCAUCGCCGUCUCGCAUAACCGCAUCCCUGAAAACUAAGAAAAAUGCACAUAAAACCAUCGAUACCGAAACCCCCGCUGAAACUAAGACCACGCCGCCUGUUAUGUCCAACAAUGCGACACAAGCUCCCAUCCAGGUGGUGGUUACGACGACCACCGCUCGACCAACGAAGCAUUAUACUAUCCGGCCGUUGAUUCGGACCACGGCGACGGACACUGUGGAAACGGAAUCAACUUUGAACACCGACAGUGAUAGCACUGAGACGGUGGCAGUGUUUGACACGGCCGGCACGACCGAUGAAAAUGUUAAAGUCACGCCUACGUUAAGUACAACUGAAAGCCGAUCUGAAACAGGAACGGCUAGCACCGGAACGGAGUCGACUACCUUGGUGGACAGCACGCUGGCGGAAGAGCCCGACAGCCGCGAAGGUUACUUACCUCUACGAGACAAGCCGCCGCAGACACAUGUCAAGAUUAAUGAACAGACUAAGAAAGAGACAGUACCGCUGCCCGCCGGCUCCACUUCAGUGUUAGCGAAGCCAACGAAAUACCAUUACUAUCCUCAUAAUCAGCACAUUUACUUACUGCCAGAGUGUGCUAUACAACAGGUGUGCAAUGCGGUAUACGUUCGUCUGAACUAUACGCAGCCGCUGUGCGCGUGCCCCGCUCGCUACCGGGACCCUUGCUCGGCGAGCCUCAACGCGGAUGACCUGCAUACCACGCGCCUCACCACCGACUCCAAAAAGAAGUACGCGAAGAAAGCGGUAACAUUAGUAAAAACUUGCGAGGCAGUGUCCGAAAUGCGAGAAUGUCGGGCGCCAAGAGACUGGUCACUACUAGCUCUACAGAACAUUAGAACAGGGAAAUCACACUACUUGGUCAUUUGUCGAUGUCCAGAGACUCAUAUUUUAGAGGGACCGAUGACGCACGACCAGCCGACAUACGCCUCUGUACCGGGUAUUAGAGUGUACGGCAUGAUGUGUGUACGACCAUCGCCCGCCUUUCAAUCAGGUUACAAAGGAAAUAGAUAUACGAGCCCUUCAAGCACCACCAGCUCAUACAAAGUGGACUAUUCUCAACCACAUUCGUACUCAGAUAAGCCAGUCUACAACCGAUUCCAGACGCACAGCUUUAUAGACUCUAACUACUACAACAGAAGGUCGAGAGCCGCUCGCAUGCGACGAAUGGCUAGUCUAUACCCACCCUUUCCUUGGGACAAGGUUGAAGAACUAGCACAAUCUUUACAUUGGAUUAAUUAGGUUAUUAACGAUGAGUUUCCACCGUCGUAACACGUGUACAUUAUUGCCGUCUCUAUCAUUAUUUUAAUAAAAACAGAGAGCAAUUUUAUAUACAUAUGAAACGACAGUUGAAACUCAUGGAUAAGAAGACAAGUUAUGUUGGGUUCAAAUAGGCCCUUGUAACCAUUUAAAUGCCUUUUUGAAUUCAACGAAAAAAUUGAUAGUAUUACGUACGCAAUUUUAAAACGCUUUACGAACAUAUAGGCCAUUCAAUUAAUAAGGUUUGUAUUCGACGCCGAGGUUUAGUUUCAAUUGCCCAUGAUACAAAGGGAGGCAUUUAAUAGAAUGUAAGAGCUUCAUUUAAAUUUCUAAUCGUUGGUUUCCGAAAUCAAAAUUACUUUAUAAAAACAUAUCCUUAUCUCUGUUUUAUUCAAGAUACUGAGAAGGAUGACGAUCUGUUAUAGAGGGAUUUGGUCUCAGAAAUCAAUGAAAAACAAUUUGAAUAGAUAAAAUUGCAUAAUUUUUUUAUAUACAAAAGAAUAUUUAGCCAUUUUAGUGUUCAUAACCAUAAUUUUCAAGUAUCUACGAAUAUAAUAAAACAGUAUUUGACAUUUUUUAACAUAUUUUACUAUAGAAGUAAUAUGUUUUCCCCACCAAAACACGUUAUUACAACGAAAUAAAAAGAAUACUUAAUCAAAAAUGAACACGAUGUAAUG